AUGUGCCCUUGGAAAUUAUCAGUCAGCAUUUUUGCCCCACUAAAGUCCUAUCUAGCAUAUCUCAAGACGGGAUGUGUCACAAACACAAUUACCUCAACACUGCCACAUCGUCAACCUAUUGACACUUAUUUUCAGCUUUUGUUGAAACAAUAACUCAUCUUUUUUGCAUUGCAGCAUCUUUGUGCUGUCACAGCAUUUGAACAUAUCUAGAGCAUUCAGCAGUUCAGUCUCUUUUUUUGGGAUUGACAGUAUGUUUGGAUUGACAAUAAGUGACACACUGUCAAUGAACAUGGGCAAGUGGGGGAGGGAUUUUAGCUAAAUGUGCAAACAAUAUUCAGAGUAAUUGAUGAGUUGAAUUAAAUCUAUUUUUAUGGGUUUUUGUGUUGCAGUACACUCGGGUGUGGAUCCCAGACCCAGAGGAUGUAUGGAGAGCUGCAGAGAUCAUCAAGGACUACAAGGAGGGAGAGCCCAUCCUGCACCUCAAACUUGAAGAUGAAUCGGUAAUCUGCCCACCCACUGGAUCAGGCCACAUUUAUAAGAUAAAUAGUUUUAUUUUUAUUUUUUAUAUAGCCCUUGAGGACUCAAUAUGCUUUGGUCUAUUUUGUCGUGCUGAUGUACAUUUGCACAGGUCCUCAUUUAAAGCAGUUAAUGUAUGUGCACACCCACGCACAUUAGAUAUUUUGGUGCCAUGAAUCGUUAAUCGUAUUUUUUGAAGUGAGAAAUGCAAGCACUGAGAGUUCACGAUACAGUUAUUAAAUAACAAUGCACUGUGCCAAGAGUAGUUUGAAUAAAUCAGCAGAUGAUGAUAUUAUUAUUUCACUUUCUGCAGCAGCAGUAUAUUCCCCUACAUACCUACUCAUGAUCACAAUCUCUAUUUGAUACUACCCACAGGGUGGGCUUGUCAGGUAUGAUUCAUACACACCUAGAUGCCAUCAAAUCCAUAUUCUUUAACAUAAGUAGUUAUGGACAGUGCUGCAAUAUGAUUUCAACUGAUAAAGGGUGUAAUCAUACCAUCAAAACAGGUGCACAUGUGCAAAGACUUGGCUUUAAUAAUUUAUUUUUGUAUUUACAUUUUUGCUUGAACCUCUUCUGUCCCAGCUGUUGGAAUACCGCAUCGGACUCAAAGACAACCCUCUUCCCUUCCUCCGGAACCCAGAUAUCCUGGUGGGGGAGAAUGACCUCACAGCGCUCAGCUACCUUCACGAGCCUGCUGUCCUGCACAACCUCAAAGUGCGCUUCCUCGAGCCCAACCACAUCUACACAUACUGUGGUGAGUCUCUAUACUGUACCACCUGCUCUGACAGUGCCACUUACAGUAAACAGAUUCAGUCUGGUCUGUAUAGCGUCUCUUAGCAAAGCCCUUGGUCUAACCUUGUGCUGCAAAUUCCUCUGUUUACUAGGGUAGCUGGUUUAUUUUACACCAUUUAGUGUCAAGGCUUUCAUUUACCUUAAUGGUUGGCUUGUCCCAACUUUUACAAACCUGUCCUCCCAAUUCUCCAAUCAGCUAGGGUUCCAUUGACUUAAGCAGCCAAUGAGUGAGCUGUUGCCAUGUGUGGAAUGCGCCCUAAACAAAGCAGACAAAGGGGAAUGGGAAAAGACAAUAUUUGUCUGUUGAUCCUACGCUGGCCAUAGAUAUCACCAUCAUGUUUUAAUUAGGGAAAUCUGUCCCCAUAGUAACCCUGCCAAUGCUACAUUCCUCUGGUCAUCUGGAUGUUGUGAUAUGUUUUGAUAGUAUUUUCCUAUCAAAGGUAGUAGGAAAAAUACAAAUGGCUGUUAACAAUGUGUUUUUACCCACAAUAGCAUAUUGUACUGUACUGUAUGAUAGGAUUAUCUAAUUGUUAUUAUUAUUAUCUGUGAUACAGUGGGGGAAAAAAGUAUUUAGUCAGCCACCAAUUGUGCAAGUUCUCCCACUUAAAAAGAUGAGAGAGGCCUGUAAUUUUCAUCAUAGGUACACGUCAACUAUGACAGACAAAUUGAGAAUUUUUUUUCCAGAAAAUCACAUUGUAGGAUUUCUUAUGAAUUUAUUUGCAAAUUAUGGUGGAAAAUAAGUAUUUGGUCACCUACAAACAAGCAAGAUUUCUGGCUCUCACAGACCUGUAACUUCUUCUUUAAGAGGCUCCUCUGUCCUCCACUCGUUACCUGUAUUAAUGGCACCUGUUUGAACUUGUUAUCAGUAUAAAAGACACCUGUCCACAACCUCAAACAGUCACACUCCAAACUCCACUAUGGCCAAGACCAAAGAGCUGUCAAAGGACACCAGAAACAAAAUUGUAGACCUGCACCAGGCUGGGAAGACUGAAUCUGCAAUAGGUAAGCAGCUUGGUUUGAAGAAAUCAACUGUGGGAGCAAUUAUUAGGAAAUGGAAGACAUACAAGAACACUGAUAAUCUCCCUCGAUCUGGGGUUCCACGCAAGAUCUCACCCCGUGGGGUCAAAAUGAUCACAAGAACGGUGAGCAAAAAUCCCAGAACCACACGGGGGGACCUAGUGAAUGACCUGCAGAGAGCUGGGACCAAAGUAACAAAGCCUACCAUCAGUAACACACUACGCCGCCAGGGACUCAAAUCCUGCAGUGCCAGACGUGUCCCCCAGAAGAGGAUUGGGAGAAUGUCAUAUGGUCAGAUGAAACCAAAAUAGAACUUUUUGGUAAAAACUCAACUCGUCGUGUUUGGAGGACAAAGAAUGCUGAGUUGCAUCCAAAGAACACCAUACCUACUGUGAAGCAUGGGGGUGGAAACAUCAUGCUUUGGCGCUGUUUUUCUGCAAAGGGACCAGGACGACUGAUCCGUGUAAAGGAAAGAAUGAAUGGGGCCAUGUAUCGUGAGAUUUUGAUUGAAAACCUCCUUCCAUCAGCAAGGGCAUUGAAGAUGAAACGUGGCUGGGUCUUUCAGCAUGACAAUGAUCCCAAACACACCGCCCGGGCAACGAAGGAGUGCCUUCGUAAGAAUCAUUUCAAGGUCCUGGAGUGGCCUAGCCAGUCUCCAGAUCUCAACCCCAUAGAAAAUCUUUGGAGGGAGUUGAAAGUCCGUGUUGCCCAGCGACAGCCCCAAAACAUCACUGCUCUAGAGGAGAUCUGCAUGGAGGAAUGGGCCAAAAUACCAGAAACAGUGUGUGAAAACCUUGUGAAGACUUACAGAAAACGUUUGACCUGUGUCAUUGCCAACAAAGGGUAUAUAACAAAGUAUUGAGAAACUUUUGUUAUUGACCAAAUACUUAUUUUCCACCAUAAUUUGCAAAUAAAUUCAUUAAAAAUCCUACAAUGUGAUUUUCUGGAAUUUUUUUCUCAUUUUGUCUGUCAUAGUUGACGUGUACCUAUGAUGAAAAUUACAGGCCUCUCUCAUCUUUUUAAGUGGGAGAACUUGCACAAUUGGUGGCUGACUAAAUACUUUUUUUCCCCCACUGUAUGUGGUUGUCCCACCUAACUAUCUUAAGAUGAAUGCACUAACUGUAAGUCACUCUGGAUAAGAGCGUCUGCUAAAUGACUAAAAUGUAAAUGUAAAAAUGAUUAGCUAACUUAACAAGAAGAUUAGUUUAUUGUCUAUUGUCACAGGACAGAGAUGUCUUUUUUCUUUAUUCCAAUAGCAACGGUCAUUAAAAUUGUUAAAAGUAAAAAAAAAAAACUAUUAUAAUAAAUGAAACAAUGGAUGAAGAUAAUCCAAACUUUUUGAUUUUUUAAAGAAAUCAAUUAGAUAUUGACUGAAUUAUAGCACAUAAAACAUUGUACUGGCACAUACAAUUAAUGGAGUUAAGGUAUUUUGGUGGGAAUUCAGGUAUUUACCUUCUUACACUGCACUCAUAAAUCUUCUUAGUAUAUCAGGUAUUUCUGAAAUAUUUUGUGAAAAUAUGUGCCUAAUUUACAUAUAUACAGUACACGGGUGUAUUUGCAUUCAUGAAGAAAUUAAUAUAAAGGGGUGGAACAGGGCUGCAACCACCAAAAACAUGCUCUGUCUCUAGGUUAUUCGUUACUGUUGUUGUCACCUUAAUUCGACAAGUGUGUCAAGAGAAGGAUAACCAUGCGAUUAAAACUCUACACGCUUGGCUCUUGAUUACACCCAUCUAAACAUAUUUUACAUUGUUUGCGAGAUCAGACAUAAUAUCACUAAUCCAAGUGUUCAUUUUCAGAAGUUGCUUUCAUUUCAGCGCAUCUAAUUUGGAAAUAUUUCAACUGUAUUAAAUCAUAACUUUUUUCAAAUUGCACAAAAAACUAACACCCAUCAAAAUAAAGUUAUCUUUCUUGUGAUGUAACUGUCAAAGAUGGUGCGUUAAAUCCCUGACGAAGCGUUCAUAUAGAUGCAAUGGAAAGCCAAUGUAUUCCGUUGAGCCCAUUUCAGCCAUUACCGGAGUGUGUUUUACAGGUCAUUACAAACGUUUCCGCGGUCGUUACGUUAACGGGAAAAAACAAAUGGCACAAGCAAUAGUGGGAAAGAGUCCCCAGUAAAAAUGAAAGCAAUAAAUCCUGCAAGAUUUAAGUGACUGUGAUGUACUCUUCAAACACAGGAAAUAGAUGGCUAAGAUCCUCAGCUGGGUGGGGCAUGCUCGUUGCUAAUUCCAACCCCCGAAGACACAAAUACACACCCACAAGAAUAUAUGGGAUGUAUUACUAAAUAUAGGUUUAAGUAACUACCGCUUACAGUCUCACUGACUGGCCAUACUAUUUCCUCUGUCCUCCCUUUCCUCCAUCACUCCCUCCUCUAUAGGUAUCGUACUGGUGGCCAUCAACCCCUAUGACCAGCUGCAGAUCUAUGGAGAGGAGGUCAUCAAUGCCUACAGUGGGCAGAACAUGGGGGACAUGGACCCACACAUCUUUGCUGUUGCUGAGGAAGCAUACAAGCAGAUGGCCAGGUAUUGGACGAGCCUCUGGGUACAGCUAAAUGGGUAUAACACAGGAUCAGGAUACUGUUAAUGUUUUAGACCUGGAAGAGUUGCCAAUUAAUAACCAAAUUCUAUGUAUUAGUCUGCUUUGGGAAGCAAUUGAGUUGUUACUGUGUGGCACAUGGAGCUACAUAGCAAGCAGUUGAUUAGACUCCUCAUUCAGUUUGAAAUGUCAUUUGAUAGUGUGUGGUUCAGUUGGUAGAGCAUGGCGCUCGCAAUGCCAGUGUUGUGGGUUCAAUUCCCAUGGGGGACCAGUCUGAAAACAAGUAUGAAAAUGUAUGCACUCGCUAAUGUAAGUCGCUCUUGACAAGCACGUCUGCUAAAUGACUAAAAUGUAAAAAAUGUAAGUAGUGUUGGUGUGGGACUGAGGGCAUAAAUAAUGAGUUGCCACAGAGAUAAACAGAGUGUCUUCAAUUGAAGAUGUGGGUGGAUAAUAACAGUGCUCAGGUCCACAUUAACUGUCAACCUCCUCAAUGCUGCUUUUCUCUGAAAAGCAAAAGACAAUAAAUGCCAUGUCCACUGCCUACGUACUGUGCAUUCCCACUGCUGGGUAGUCCUGGCAACUCCAGUCAUGUACAGUAAAUUAGCAUUGUGUAACUGUAGACGUGAUCCAUUAAUGCAGCUCUGGUCAGUACCUCUUUUUAAAUGUUCCAAAUGUCUUUCUCUCUCCUCUUUUUCUUUUUCUGUAGAGAUGAGAGGAACCAAUCCAUCAUAGUAAGUGGGGAGUCGGGGGCAGGGAAGACUGUCUCUGCUAAGUACGCCAUGCGGUUCUUCGCCACUGUGGGAGGGUCGGCCAACGACACCAACGUUGAGGAGAAGGUGCUGGCCUCCAGCCCCAUCAUGGAGGUGAGGAGGGGAACUGGGGAUGGGUUGAUGAUCCCAUACUGUAGGCCAGCAGUGUGGCAUCAUAGUAAGAGAAGUCGAUCCGGGAAUAAAUGGGUUACAUAAUAUGAUUUGUGCCUUUGGAGAUAACACAAGUAUCUUCUGGACAACCAAGUAAUACUUUAUUUACCUGCUUAGAUGGGUUCUUGUGAAAACGUAAUCGUUUUUCUGUGCCCUGAAAGUUUUAUGAACUCCACAUCUUCAGCUGUAACUUUGUAGAGUUUACAGCACAGUAUUCUUAUGGGGAAUCAUUUUGUAAGCUGUAGGUGAAGAAGCUAAGCACACCAGGAGUCCAUUACCCUCUCACAUACUGAACCAGCAGAAACCUGGAACAGCAAAGUCCCUCAGAAUGCCUGGAAAGAUAAGACCAGGAGAAGCUGCUAGCUAGAAAAUUCUCCUUACUUUCUGUCCUUCAGGAAGUUAUAGCUGAGGAAAGUCAGACAUCCAUUACCAGCCUCACCUCAGCUAGAGAGUGAAGAAACAGGACAGAUUUGUAUGCAAGGCCAGUUGGGCACAGGCCCCAUCUUGGCAGAUGACACAGCUCAAAAUUAGGACCGUUUCAACUGUCAAAGUACAUUACGAGCAGGAAGGAGAAUCAAAUGUUUUUUUGUGUGGCAUGAAUUACAAUUUCCGAGGAUAUAAAUAUAUUUUACAGUGGUUAUGAUUUUCUUUUGAUCUCUGAAAUUCUCACACUUUUCUCCACCCCCCUGCUUCUCUUUUCAGGCUAUUGGAAAUGCGAAAACCACUCGCAAUGACAACAGCAGUCGUUUUGGGAAGUACAUCCAGAUUGGUUUUGACAGGCGUUAUCACAUCAUAGGUGCCAACAUGCGCACGUAUCUGCUGGAGAAGUCAAGGGUAGUCUUUCAGGUACGUGUAACUCCAUGCUGCGCAGUCUGGGAUGAAACUCUGUAUUCCUACUUACUAAGUCCAUGCUUCCCUUCACAUUUACUUUCCUUCAUUUAAACAAGCAUUUGAUUAGGACCUAACUUGACAUCAAAUAUCAUAAUAAAUGUAUCUAAGUACUUUAAAGAAAUGAAUACAAUAUUAAAUUGCAGCCUGGGGGAACUCCUGAUCUAACAAAACUACCCAAGUCUUUCAUUCAUCAGAAUAUAUUAUUGAUAAAGAGUUAAGUGAUAUAAUUUCUGUAGUAUAUUUCUACUUUUUAGGCUGAGGAUGAGAGGAAUUACCACAUCUUCUACCAGCUGUGUGCCUCCACUAGCUUACCGGAGUUCAAAGACCUAGCCUUGAGUAAGUGUCACAGACCAAGACAAUAUUCAACUACGUUUAUGUUAAGGAAGCAACUGCAUUUUAACUACAUAAUAACUACAAUCAUUAUUUUUAUGUCAUGUUUACUAGAGCAUAGUUCUUCAAACUACAUUCAGAGAAUAGUAUGUGUCGUCUGCCAGGACGUUCAAAUAAGAACACUUUUCUAAUACAUUUAUUUCCAUCUCUGCUUUCAUCUUAAAGCCAGUGCAGAAGAAUUCAUCUUCACAUCGCAAGGAGAGAACAUCUUCAUUGAGGGGGUGAAUGAUGCUGAGGACUUCAAGAAGACGAGAGAAGCCUUUACACUACUGGGUAAGGGUCUGACUGCAUGGGUACAUUCUAAGAUGCUAACACCGCUAUAUUAGAACAGGCUCAGAACAAAGGGUUUAUGUAUCUUGGACAUAAAGACUGACUGAAAACAAAAGACAAAUAGAAACAUGUUAUUUUUCUAUCUCCCGAUGGAACAACAUUUACCUUACUGUGGUUGUUUUUGCAGGUGUUAAGGAGAGCAAUCAAAGCAGCAUCUUCAGAAUCAUAGCUUCCAUCCUGCAUCUGGGAAACGUGGAGAUCUGCUCGGAGAGAGACGGAGACUCCUGCCACAUAUCAGUAUGUCACUGUCCAGCUUAAUUCUGUUUGAGUUUAUAGUUCCACAUCACAGCCUCAAACCGUAUAUCUUCUCUAUACCGCAUACCUCAUUUAUUGAUUCAAUCUAUGUAUGUUUGUCUGUGUUUGUAGAGAAACGACCCUCACUUGACGCACUUCUGCCGGUUGCUGGGGGUAGAGCUGGAGCAGAUGGAACACUGGCUAUGUCACAGGAAGCUGGUCACCACGUCAGAGACCUACGUCAAGAACAUGUCCCGCAAACAGGCGGCUAACGCCCGCGACGCGCUCGCCAAACACAUCUACGCACACAUGUUUGACUGGAUUGUGGAACACGUCAACAAGUCUCUGCACACCUCCUCCAAACAACACUCCUUCAUCGGUGUUCUGGAUAUCUACGGGUAAGACUACCCACCUGUGCUCCCCAGAACCUCUGAAAACAAAGCUCAACAGUGGGUUGGUUUGGAUUGUGAGAGAAACUUGACUCUGUGGUGAGAACCGAUUUUCUUGCCAGCGACAGAAGUCUUAUUUCAGGAGUGAAAUCUCAGCCAUGGUGAAUGUUAAAAGCAUCCCAGGCUGGCAGUAAGUUAACACACUGUGACAGCAGGCACACAGAAGAACAUCAGCCCCACAUUUCUCAUUUUCCCUCGCAGUUCUGUCACACAAUGUUUUCUGUAGUAAGGCACGGAGAAGCUUGAUAUUUGAUGAGUAGAUUUCAUAACUACUCUUUAUCUGUGCCCUCCAGUCUGGAGACACGCGUCUGUGUGUGUGAGCGCCAUGCGUCUCUCCAGCUAAAUACCUCCAUCCCCAGUGUUUUAAGUGCCUCUUCUCAUUACAGUAUAUAGAGGAUGGAACCAAAUUGAAUUGGGGGAGCUAUGCUUUUCCUCUUCUUGACCCUGUUUGACUGAGGGCUUAAUUUGUUCCCUGCUGUGGGUUAGAUUAUUGAUAAAGCUGGCUGCCUGACCUGGCGCUGGGAGGGGCAAGAUGCUGAGCUACAGUAGAAAGCCCAAAUAAUAAGACAUUCAGCAUGGGGGCAUUUGUAACUUGAGUCUGAUAAUUAUCUGUACAAAACAGUUCAUCUGAUAAUACUUGUGGAAUAUAAAAAUACUUGCUUGAUAUACUGUAUGUUUUCAAGUUUCUUGAAAUACUUUGCAAACGCAACUUAUUUCUAUGACCUGAAAUGGUCUAUUCAUUCCUUUUCCGUUUUAGUAGACACUCUUAUACAGACCAACUUACAGUAGUGAGUGCAUACAUUUUCAUACUAUUUCGUACUGGUCCCCUGUGGGAAUCGAACCCACAACCCUAGCAUUGCAAGCGCCAUGGUCUACCAACUGAGCCACAUCAUCACAUCACAUCAAUGUACUCAAUUACUGUAUUGUGCAUUGUUUUUCUUCAUGGUGAUGGAAAGUCUACAGGUACAAACCUAGAUGACCAGCCUAUGUACAAUACAGUAAUUUACAUUUACAUUAAGUGGUUUGUAAGGAUGGUACAUUAAUACUGCACAAAAAGUGAUUGUUUUCCAUGUUAUUUGAUCAAGAAAAAUAUUUAAUUUGAUGUGGAUGUUUUGUGUCUUUGCCCAUAACUUUGCACCUUUUGAUGUAAAUGUUUGAGGACAUGGUUUUGUUCUUUCUGGAUUCCAUUAGAAUGACAAUUGCAGAGAAAGGAUCAGGGCAACAACUCUUAAAAUUCCAACUAUUGAAUCCUGCAAGAUACUGUUCUUAAUUAUACAACUACCGUUUUUGCCAAAGCGGAGAUGCUGAAAAAAAGGUUUUGCCCGCGCUGUCGGUCUGCUAAUACUAGUAAAGUCAUAGUGCACCAUUGUUUUUGUAUCGUUUUUUAUUUUAUUCCGAUUUUUCAGGGGUGCUGCAGCACCCCUACGUCCCUCGGCUAGGCAGCAGGGGUGGCAAACUUAUUCCACGGAGGGCCUAGUUUCUACAGUUUAAAAAAAGUCCUAGACAACCAGGUGAGGGGAGUUGUUUACUAAUUAGUGACCUUAAUUUAUCAAUCAAGUACAAGGGAGGAGUGAAAACACGCAGACACUCGACACUCCGUGGAAUGAGUUUGACACGUGAUCUACAGUGUGCUCCAAAAGUAUUGGGACAUUUGACAUUUUUUGUUGUUGUUUUGGCUCUGUACUCCAGCACUUUUGAAAUUUGAAAUGGUACAAUGACUAUGAGGUUAAAGUGUAGACUGUCAGCUUAGGGUAUUUUCAAAUUGGGUGAACCGUUUAGAAAUUACUGACAUUUUGUACAUAGUUCCCCCAUUUUAGGGGCCCAAAAGUAUUGGGACAAAUUCACUUACAUGUUUAUUAAAGUAGUAGAAAGUUAAGUAUUUGGUCCCAUAUUCAUAGCAUGCAAUGACUACAUCAAGCUUGUGGCUCUACAAAUGUGUUGGAUGCAUUUGCUCUUUGAUUUGGGUGUGUUUCAGAUUAUUUUGUGUCCAAUAUAAAUUAAUGGUAAAUUAUGUUUUGUGUAAUUUUGGAGUCACUUUUAUUGUAAAUAAGAAUAUAAUAUGUCUCUAAACACUUCUACAUUAAUAUGGAUGCUACCAUGAUUACGGAUAAUCCUGAAUGAAUUGUGAAUAAUGACGAGUGAGAAAGUUACAGAUGCACAAAUAUCAUACCCCCAAGACAUGCUAACCUCUCACCAUUACAAUAACAGGGGAGGUUGGCAUUUUUUGGGGUAUGAUAUUUGUGCAUCUGUAACUUUCUCACUCAUCAUUAUUCACGAUUCAUUCAGGAUUAUCAGUAAUCAUUGUAGCAUCCACAUUAAUGUAGAAGUGUUUAAAAACAUAUCUUCUCAUUUACAAUAAAAGUGACUCCAAAAUGACACAAUCCAUUAUUUAUCAUUUACCGUAGUUUUCCUCUAGGCCUGGAAUCACUGUCUAAAACACAGAACGAAAAUAGACCAGAGACUUCAGACUCACUAAAUAUGUGAAUGUUUUCUCUUCAUCUGAACAGAUUUGAGACCUUUGAGAUAAACAGCUUCGAGCAGUUCUGCAUCAACUACGCCAAUGAGAAACUGCAGCAGCAGUUCAAUCAAGUGAGUUUAAGUCUUAUAUUUAUAAUAUACACUGAGUGCACAAAACAUUAAGAACACCUGCUCUUUCCAUGACAGACUGACCAGGUGAAUCCAGGUGAAAGAUAGGAUCCCUUAUUGAUGUCACCUGUUAAAUCCACUUCAAUCAGUGUAGAUGAAGGGGAGGAGACAGGUUAAACAAGGGUUUUUAAGCCUUUAGACAAUUGAGACAUGGAUUGUGUAUGUGUGCCAUUCAGAGGGUGAAUGGGCAAGACAAAAUAUUUAAGUGCCUUUUGAACGGGGUAUGGUAGUAGGUGCCAGGCCCACUGGUGUGAGUGUGUUAAGAACUGCAACACUGCUGGGUUUUUCACGCUCAACAGCUUCCAGUGUGUAUAAAAAAUGGUCCACCACCCAAAGGAUAUCCAGCCAACUUGACACAACUGUUGAAAGCAUUGGAGUCAACAUGGGCCUUGUAGAGUCCAUGCCCUGACGAAUUGAGGCAGUUCUGAGGGCAAAAGGGGGUGCAACUCAAUAUUAGAAAGGCGUUCCUAAUGUUUGUACACUCCGUGUAGCUACCUACCUUAAAUUCCAAUGUUCUGUAGAGGAGACAUGAGAACCUCUAGCUGUUAACCUCAUGACUCAACAUAAAUGUUUUCAAGUGAAAUAAUUCAUGACUUAGUCUAACGGAUAACCUGCUGUGCUGUAGCUCACUGUGUGUCUGUCUCCUCUGUGUGUCCUCAGCAUGUGUUCAAGCUGGAGCAGGAGGAGUACAUGAAGGAGCAGAUCCCCUGGACACUCAUCGACUUCUAUGACAACCAGCCGUGUAUCGACCUCAUAGAGGCCAAGCUGGGCAUCCUGGACCUGCUGGAUGAGGAAUGCAAGGUGGAGCACCUGGUCUUACAUACAUAAUGUCUUCGUCCUUAGUCCUCAAUUCUGUCUUUACUCCAGAGCUCCAGUAGUUCUUAACUCCUGUUUUUGGGAUGCAUUUGUGGGCAAGUGUAUAUGGACGAUUGGCUACGGGAGGAGUUUUAGUACUUAAUGCACUUGAGCCAUUACAGUUGUUGAACAGUCUUCUGUGUUUUGGUCUGGAGGGAGCAGACCAAAACAUUUUAAACCUCUGCAUUUUAAACCUCUGGUCUCAGUUAAUGGGAUUCGUCCUGCAUUCAUACGUACAAAGCGUGGCCUGCGUCUAUUUCCCCUGCCUGUAUCCAGAUCAUUAUCUGAGUUAAGGACUUUGGAACAAAACAGAUUACUUAUUUAUUUCACUCAUCCUGUCUCAUCCCACAGCCCUUUGAAGUUAUGGACGAUCAUUUGGAACAACCUCAAAAUAAUUGUUAUUCUGAGCACAGCUAGCCUGGAUAGAAAGUUUUGGUUUCCUUCAUGGUUUUAUAUAAUAUCUCCCCCUUCUUCCCCUCCACCUGCUGCUGCUACAGGUGCCAAAAGGGACGGAUCAGAAUUGGUGCCAGAAGCUGUACGAUCGCCUUUCAAGCAGCGUCCAUUUCCAGAAACCCCGGAUGUCCAACAUAUCUUUCAUUAUCAUUCACUUUGCUGAUAAGGUGGGUAGACCCAGCCUAGAGACAACAUGUUUCAAAUGAAAAGCACCUGUACGUAUGGCUCUUCAGUUAAGUGAAAAUGUACCCAAUGCUAGGUUGUUGGUUCAAAUGUCAUUUUGGGGGGGGGGGGGGGGGGGGGGGGGGGGGGGGAAUCCUAUUGUUACAGUCCUUAAGCAAGGUCAUGUGUUUAAACCUAACUGCUUCAGUAUACCUGGCUGAAUAAUUAGGACCAUCUACAAAUUGUGCUAUUCAAAGGACUUUAAGGACAUGACAUGAAUCACCCUCAUUGCAGGGGCUUUGCCUGAAAAGAGCCAAUGUGAUUAUCCCAUGAUGACUCAUCAGAUGCUUUGUGUGUUAGUAUUAUUGUGAGUGAUCUCAAUGGCCCUGCAAUGUCUCCCCUCCUCCUUAUGACACAUACACAAGCUCUAAUUAACUCAAAGAGCAGCACUCCUACUUCAAGGAGCUGGCACUAACUAGAACUUUCCCCCAGUGAAAGGACUGCCUGUGUGUCUGAUGCCUGAUGUGGGUCAUGUAAACAGAUGAAAGGCAGGCUGCUGUAGCAAUGUCAUUUAUUUACUAUGGUAAUUUCCAUGAAAAACAAGGGAUGCGAGAGUCCUGUUAAUGUCAAUAGGAUUUCCCCAGCUCUCCUCUGUGAAGAUGGUAUUAAACCGAUUCCCUUGGGGUGUUUCUCUUUGUCUAACUCGUCAAGUGAAAAGGUGUAGGAUCUGCGUUCACUCACUGUUCUUCCUCUCUCGCGCCCUUGUUCAACGAGAACAGCCUGCAACCCUAUCUGUGAGAAAGAGGAGAGAGCAGGGGUAAAGUGUCACACCAGACUGGCCUGGAGGCUAGGGCUGCUGAUGGACAGACAAAAUGGAAGGACGGGAGACUGACUGAGAGGGAUUUCCUUCCUAUCAAUACCUGCACUCAUUUCCCCAUGUUAUUUUACAUCUGACUGGAUGCUUUUAUAGGUUUACAGAAUGUUAGCUAACCUGGCUCAUCCUUUUUUUCGUGCUCAGUAAAUGCUUCUGUUUAAACUGCUACAUACUUUAAAUUAUUCAAUGUACAGCUGGAUGUUUAGUUACGGUGACUGUAAGUGCAUUGCUGCGGGACACAACAGCAGGACUGUAUGGGCCACUUGGGAUUUGAACAGACAACCCUCAGUGUCCCUAUUGUACAUAAUUACCAUAGUUGAUUAAAUGUUUGCUAAUUUAGUUGUCAGUGUAUUUGGCUGUAAAUUGCUGCUGGUGCAGUCCAUUAUAUCUACCUCUGUUCCCCCCUUGGCAGGUUGAGUACCAGUGUGAUGGCUUCCUGGAGAAGAACAGAGACACCGUCUACGAGGAACACAUCAACAUUCUGAAGGCCAGCAAGGUGAGAGAGAAUAAUGUCAUUAGACCACUACCACAAUGACACAAUCAUUUAAAAUAAUCUAGUGGACACUUCAACUCACACUGAACAACACACUCUGCCCACUUAACUGCAGAAAGCUUGUCACAAAGAAUUCUAUUUUUAAGCUCUAACUAAUUUAACCUUUGGUUUUUACUGAGUUUAUUUACAUUUACAUUUUAGUCAUUUAGCAGACGCUCUUAUCCAGAGCGACUUACAGUUUAUAGUGAGUGCAUACAUUUUUAUGGACUUCUUUCUUGGAAAAGCUGCACCGUAAAGCUUUUACCAAAUUAGUUUACUGCUGAAAGAGCCUUCAGUUUUGGGACAGAGUGCAAUGACGCAAGAAAGUAACACGAUUUAGAAAGUGGCAAGUUGGAAGCAUUUCACAGGUUCCUAUGAUGGGAAGUAUAGCUCCUAUUAGAUAGAGUUGUUGUUUAAAGCCAGGCUGACAACUUGACAACACUUCAUAUUAACCCUACAGUUUAAAUCCUGCUUUACAUUCUCAUUUGAAAUACAUUGAACGUCAAUUAAGAAGUCAUAUCAAAAUUCGACUAUAUUGCAGAUGAAUUGUCACAAUCACAACAAACACACACACACACUUUCUGUAGACUCCCUGACUCCUACCUCUCCAAGCCAAACUCAAACUGCUUGAUUGGAACCUCACUUCAGCUCAUGUUCUCUGCAUUAUCUUUUUAACUGAUUAAGUGAUGAGAGCCACAAGUGCAUUGGCUUUGUCAGUCAUUUCAGUUCAGUUCAUUUCAACCUUCACACCCUCUCUGCCACUCUCUUUGGGACAAAUACCAACUUUAGUUCAUUUCAUAUCACAUUAGGAUUCAGGAAUUUCUCUUUCUACCAUCUUGUCUCCCUCUCGCCAAAAUCCUCUCCUCAGCAUUACUAAUGCAACAGCCAUUAAGAGCGUGCAAAUGAGAAGGAAUAUUGAGAGGCAAGGAGAGAUUUCAUAAUUUAUGUUCUGUCUAAAAGCAUCUCGUCAGUGGCAAAAAUCCAUUUACUAUCAGAAAGACACCAAGCUCCAUUGAACAGCACAAAUAAAUAUCAGAAUGAUUGAAUAGAAUCAAUACAUUUCAGAUGCAGUAAGGCAGGGUUUCCAAAACUCGGUCUUCGGGACCCCAAGGGUUUUUGCCCUAGCGCUACACAGCUGAUUCAAAUAAUCAACUAAUCAACAAGCUUUGAUCAUUUGAAUCAGCUGUGUGUGCACCUCUUGGGAUCCCGAGGACCAAGUUUAGGAAACGCUGCGGUAAGGUUUCCUAAACAAAAGCAGUGAUAAAGACAUAACAUGUCCACCCCUGGUGAUGGCAGUCUCAAUAUUGUACAAUAUCCUGUACUGCAUUUCUCUGUCUCUGUAUCUCUCUUCCACUUCCUUUCUAGAGUCAGUUUUGCACAGUAAUUUACUCUGAGAACUUGGCAAGAGGCCCAAGCUUGUUUAAACCCCCUCAUAUCUAGGUGACAGUGGCGCAGAAAUCUGUCAACAUUGGGGAGCCUUGGAGGACAUGUGAAGGUCAUGAAACCUCCUCCAGCUGAUAAGUCUUUUCUCAAUGGACCAUUACUGUCAUCUCUCACAGCCUGAAAGCCCUGCUAACUCUGGAGGUACCUGAGCUGUACCCCAAGCCAGAGGUGGUGGAUGGAUCAAGGAACGUCUAUGAAUCUUCAUAGAGGGACCAUAAAUCCAAUCCUGCUUGCAGAGCUUAUUCUUUGCAAAGUUAUAAAGGAAACAUUUUCCAAAAGAAAGUUCAUGUUCAUGUCAGAAUACUUUUCGCAAGUUUGGCAUGAGAGAAUAGUUAUUAGUAUGGAUGGUGGGACUGCACUGCACUGAAUUAGUACUGUCUAACCACACAAGCCUUAUCUGUGACGGAGAUAUUAUUUUGCCAUUAUCAGUAUUCCCUCUGCAUCCACCACAAGUACAAGGAUGCUGCUGCUUGACACUCAGAUUGUUCCCCUUCACUGGUUCUGCUGAGGAGAUGUGACUACAGAACGCUCCUGACUGAAGCCUAAAUGCUGGUUUAUUGACGUCCUGUCCAGUUUUUCAUUUCUGUAGUAUCACCAGUGUUAUUUAUAAUAACAUCAGCCAUUUCACUGGAUCCUACAGUAUAGGACUAUGUACAAAUAUUUCUCAUGAAAAUGAUUUUUAUGGAAUUCCACGCCACUUUCUGUGUGGUUGGGGAUUUUAUGUUGUUAUCCGGCUGUAAAAUGGGUUAUAAUAUAAUCUGUUUUGGAUGAAACCAUCUGCUAAACAUAUUAAUGAUGUUAAUUGGUUCCCUCUCUCCCAGUUUCAGCUCGUGGCGGAUCUGUUCCAGGAUAGUAAUAAAGACGGCAGCAGCUCCACGUCUUCUUCCAGCAAGUCCUCCAGGAUCAACGUGCGCUCGGCCAAACCUACACCUAAAGUCCCCAACAAGGAGCACAGGAAAACCGUGGGCCACCAGGUUAGCAUCCUUUCUGACACCAUGAGGCCUGAGUUCAAUCAGGAGUCUGUCUGUGUCAGUGUCAUAGUCCAUUUCUUAACAGUGUAUUUAACCUUUCAUUAGGAAGCAAUGACAUAACAAGUCUUUUUACAAUGCUUGGUGGACACCGUCGUUUUUUAUAACUUUGCCUUUGCAGUACUUCUUAUCCUCCUUUCCUCUGUUUGUGAACUGUAGUUCCGCAGUUCCCUGCAUCUUCUCAUGGAGACCCUGAAUGCCACCACCCCCCACUAUGUGCGUUGCAUCAAGCCUAAUGAUGAGAAGGAGGCAUUCUCGUGAGUAAAUAUUUAGUUUCAGUCACCCUGUCUGACACAUUUGUGUGGGUGACUGUGUAUGUAGGCAACAGAAUACGAGUUUGUGUGUCUUGUCUGUCUCAUGUAACUUCUCUGCUCAAAUAGCCAUUUAUAUAGCCAACUUUGUUUAGGUUUACUGAAAAACCUUGCCCCUUUUUAGUGUAGGAGAUGCUUUUGGGACUUCUGUACCUACUGGUACAGUAUUACUGUAAACAAAGAGGCCUCUGUUCUGUGUGUAUGUUUGUGUACAGUAUGAUUAAGCGUCAGAAGCCAACUUCUUAUCGUGACUGGCUUCACUAAUCAGAUCUAGAAGCCUAAUAUGUGGUCUCCCAUUCUUAUGAAACAUGUGGUACGGUCAUAGUGAGGUAAUAUUUGCUUAUGUAACAGAACACUAACAAACAUGCAUGGAGUCAGGGGAAAAGACAACAAGGAGAGAGUACUGUGGGUGACAGACAAAGAGACACAUCACCUGCGUGUGCUGUGUUUGUUUUUUGGUUGCCUAGGCCCUAGCGUAGCCUGAGUUACUGAUUCUGUCUCUUGCUGAAUAACUCUCUCAAGUCCUCUGACUCAAUAACAGAGUUUCUCUUGCUCACAGUGGCACAACCAUGUUGACUGUUACCAGAAACCCUCGUCCAAAAUGAAGACCGUUUUUCAAUAAACAAUGUUGUCUUGAUAAGCAGUGUAGAAUGGGACAUUUAAACCAGCACACCUAUGUUUUAGUUUUUUAGAGGUCGAUUAAGGAAGUCUGUCUUGUGUUCUAAGGCUUUUCUACUACAGCACACAUUGUAGACGUAGAAUGUUGACUUCUGAAAAACAGGACAGAAGGAGAGGUCAGGUCAUGUUGGCCUCUUCAUGAUGCAUUCUUUAGCACAAGUGCCUCUUCAAGGUCUCUAAAUCUAAUGAUGUGCCUUGGUCACAUGCUGUGGCUGGACUUUAGCAAACAUACUGAAGGCUGUAUGUAGGGACACAGUCAGUCUGCCCAGGCAGCACCUAGCUGACUAGCAUUAACAUCCUCUUAAUGCUUCUGUCUUCUGCUUAAUGGAGACGUGUACAAUGCUGAAGGGGAAGCUUAAGCUCAGGUAGGGAGAGUGGGAUAGUCUUUACCUGUGUCUGUGUAUUGUAAUUAACCCUCCUAGAAUGGUGUGUUUUCAUUGUGAUGGGGGAACAAUUAGGAACUUUGUAUACAUGUUAUUUUGUACCUCUCUCUGUUGCAGGUUUGACUCUAGGAGAGCUGUGCAGCAACUGAGGGCAUGUGGAGUCCUGGAGACCAUCCGCAUCAGUGCUGCUGGGUACCCAUCAAGGUAAGAUUGCUUCUCACACACAGAGCACUACCAAAACAUGGGUGGGCACGUUCUCUGUUGUGUGCAAUAGAUAGUGGAAGCAAAGUAAUUAAUUGUGGUCCUGUGUGGGUCAGUUGGUAGAGCAUGGCGCUUGCAACACCAAGGGGUGUGGGUUCGAUUCCCGCUGGGUCCACCCAUAUAAAACAUUUAUGCACGCAAGGCUAUAUGUCGCUUUGGAUAAAAACUUCUGCUAAAUGGCAUAUAAUAUUAUUAUUAUUAUUAUUAUUAUUAUUAUUAUUAUUAUUAUUAUUAUAUAUUGUAAUAGAAUAGAAUGUGGUUGUUAUGCCACUUCUGGGUGAUGUAUGAAAAAUGUAUGCACUCAUAAGUCGCUCUGGAUAAGAGCGUCUGCUAAAUGUCACUUUCGGAAUUUGUGCCGGUGGCCCAGGCCUGGACGGAGGCUCUUCCUCUUUUGUCUGAUUUUAUUGCUCUAUCAUUGAGCUUUCUCGGUCGCCUAAGCAGGGGGGAAAUUGAAUUCCGUCUCUCCUGAGUUACGUGCUUCCCUGCGGGAGAACAGCAGGAGAGCAAUUCACCACUGAUCACGAAAACUCUCCUAAUAACAAUUUGAUUCCAUUACACAGCAUAAAACAGAGACAGAAUACUGCGUGAGAAAGUGCAGUCUUACUGUUUCAUGUCUAGAGGACCGACACUAGUCCUGACCUGCUCAUGGUCCAAACCCCAAAAAACUAGAGAUUAACAAUAAUCAUGCCUUAUGUAGCGUGGAAGUGGUAAUUACAUUUUUUAGAUUUUAUUUUGUUAAAAAUAAUACAAUGGUUUUCUUUUUCAUGAAUUAAAACAUGCCUGUUUCAGAUUUGUGCUGUCUCUGUGUUUGACUUGAUUCUCAGCCAGUCCUAUGUGAUUCCAGGUGGACGUACCCAGACUUCUUCAACAGAUACAGAGUCCUCAUGAAGAAGUCCGAUAUGACCGUAGGGGACAAGAAACUGGUGUGUAGGAACCUGCUGGAAACCCUGGUCAAGGUAAGAAAGAUUUCAGCCCUAAAGCCCCAAGCAGGAUAGGAAAGGAAAUGAACGAAUAAAAAAGAAAAAAAUAUGUCUGAAGAACUCCCUUUCGGAUGUUGUUCUUUUCAACAGAGCUCCCUAACUCCUUCAGGUCCAUCUUUGCAUGAUUGAACCUACUGCAUGUCUGAUCUGAUACAGUACUUUUCCAGUAUUGAGAGACAACAACCUUGAAUGUUUGAACCUGGGGAAUGGGGAUGUAGAAAGGCAGAGUUUCAGUCCUAAUGGAGUAGCAGAGUUUCAGUCCUAAUGGAGUAGCAGAGUUUCAGUCCUAAUGGAGUAGCAGAGUUGUGUUCACUAGGAACAGUGGAGAAUUCAGUAUGCACAGUCUGAGAGGUUCUCUUGGCAUCUCGCUCCUCUCCAUCUCUGUACAUGAGCAAGAGAACAUGGAGUUUAUUCAUGUUAUUAAUACAUUAUUAAUGGAAUAUAAUUUGUAUGCGCUUUGGACAGUAUGUAAUGGAAACCUCGUGUUUGAUAACGUCCACUUAACUAACUGCCUUGAUGCUCAGUUGAUCGAGCUGAAGUUCCAUUUAACUGAAUUAAUGAAUGGAAACAAAAUGACCUGGUCUUUCUCCCUCACUAGGACCCAGACAAGUUCCAGUUUGGCAAGACCAAGAUCUUCUUUAGAGCGGGCCAAGUGGCCUACCUGGAGAAGCUGAGGGCAGACAAGUUCCGCUCCGCCUGCAUCAAGAUCCAGAAGACAGUGCGAGGCUGGCUGCAGAGGGUCCGCUACCAGAAGAUACGCAAGUCUGCCAUCACCUUGCAGAGAUUUGGCCGCGGUUACAUGGCCCGCAGGUGAGAGGAGAAACACACCGUUCUGCUACACUAACAAAGUGUUCCCAUGCGGGAACUUCUUGAUAAAUCACACUACAAGGGUCAUGAACCAGUUGUUGUCAAUAUCGGUGCCAGUGUUGUAACUCCUUUCCCUGUCCUCCUCCCUUUGCUGUCUUUCUCUGUCUGUUUCAGGCUUGCGGAGCAUCUGCGUCUAACCCGCACUGCUGUUAUUUGUCAGAAGCAGUAUCGUAUGGUCCGAGAGCGGAGGGACUAUCUGAGGGUGAGACAGGCUAUUGUCACCAUCCAGGCCUUUACCAGGGGCAUGUUCACCCGCAGGAUCUUCCAGGAGGUACUACAACCACAACACUCUACUUGUUAUGUCACUGGUUGACCUUUUCACCUUCUUUAUCCAGGAUUUUGUAUACACUCAUUUGUUCCCAAUCUCUCACUGUAUUAGUGUUGAAACUAUCAGUUGUUGAAAUUGAUUAGAUCUCUAUCAGGAGUAAUGAGUGCCCUGGGAUGAUGCCUCAGUCUUGGACUUGUCCUGUUUGUUUGACUGGAAAAUUGGAGACGAAGUGCUCCGAUUUAAAACGGAAUGUGAUCAGGCGGACCUUGCAUAAAUGCUGCCUGCUAUGGCGCCUUCUCGGAUACACUAGAUUCCCUUUGGAUUGAGAACUCUAGAAUUUCCCCCUACUGGGGUUAACUACAUAUUUACCUCGACUAACCUGUACCCCUGCACGUUGACUCGGUACCGAUACCCCCUGUAUAUAACCUCAUUAUUGUUAUUAUUAUUAUUUUUAUUUUUUUACUUUAGUGUAUUUAGUAGAUACUUAACGCUAUUUUCUUAAAACUGCAUUGUUGGUUAAGAGUUUGUAAGUAAGUAUUUGACGGUAAGGUCUACACCUGUUGUAUUCGGCACAUGUGACAAAUACAAUUUGAUUUGAUUUUGAUUUGAUAUUUCCCAUCACAUUGUACAGUAUAAUAAAUGGUUCCUUGUCCCUGAUCUCUACCUCCCCUCUCCACCUCCCCAGUUCCUUCUGCAUCACAAAGCCAUGAUCAUCCAGAAGCAUGUCCGAGGCUGGCUCACCAGGAGGAAGUUCAGGCGGGCACGGAACGCCGCCAUCACCAUCCAGUGUGCCUACCGCCGCAUGCGUGCCAAGCGUGAGCUGAAACAGCUGAAGAUCGAGGCGAGGUCCGCCCAACAUCUGAAGAAGCUCAACACAGGCAUGGAGAACAAGAUUGUCCAACUGCAGAGGAAAAUGGAUGACCAGGUACAGUCAUAGACACGUUUCUGACCCAGGUCACUUUAUGGGAGUACCAUAAUACAAAGACGGGUCAAUGAAAGGCACAAUAUUCCUUUCUCUUUGCAAUCAUUUUGGCACCUAAUGUUUUUAGCUAGUCUAGACUGUAAGUUAUGUUAAAAAGUGAUGUGAUGUCCAAUAGUAGUAACCAGCGCUCUCUCUCCUGUCCCACUGUGUAGACCAAAGAUCUGAAGACUCAGAAUGAGCAGCUGGUGGUGGCCAAAGCCUCCCUGGGCUCAGAGGUGAACAAACUGCAGAAGGAGCUGGAGACGAUGCGCAGUCGCCAGGGAGACGGCAGUCAGCUGACCUCUCUAAGGGAGGAGCUGGAGAAGCUGAGGGCGGAGCUCCAGGAAGCACACGCCCACAGGAAGAAGCUUGAGGAGGAGCACAGCAACGAGAAGAUGGGACUGGAACAGGUGAGCUGUCAAUCACUGAAGGGGAGAAAGUAAAUGUUCCUUUUAUAAGGCUGUCAUUUGGGAUUUUGUAUGCUGUUCAGUGCCUCAAGAUUGGACAGACUGUUUUAUAAUUAGCAGACAGGUUGCCAUCUUUCUCUGUCCAUUUAGAUCAUUCAGAGUUAUCUUAGUACUGAACCUUGUAUGUUCUCCAAAGCCCUUCUGUUCAAUGAAUAAAACCUUCUGUUGAAACAACUCCAAAAGAUGCUGGUAGCAGCAGUUUUACUGAAUUCUUACUCUAAGAAUCAAAUAAAUUCUUAGUCUUAUUACUGAACAUCAGACUCUCCAACAAUCUCAUUAUGGAUUCAACUGUAUUGUAUCAGUGCUCUCCUGCUGACCUGAAAUUGAUAUCAUGUAUACAUUUUUGUAUUGUUUUGACCACCUGACUUAGGAAUUAAGAAGAUCAUUGUUAAGUAAAUUGGCCUUGGGCUUUUUCGGUGCCUCAGUGGUAAUAAAUACAGUGAGGGAAAAAAGUAUUUGAUCCCCUGCUGAUUUUGUACGUUUGCCCUCUGACAAAGAAAUGAUCAGUCUAUAAUUUUAAUGGUAGGUUUAUUUGAACAGUGGGAGACAGAAUAACAACAACAAAAUCCAGAAAAACGCAUGUCAAAAAUGUUAUGAAUUGAUUUGCAAGUAUUUGACCCCUCUGCAAAACAUGACUUAGUACUUGGUGGCAAAACCCUUGUUGGCAAUCACAGAGGUCCCAUUCCUCUUUGCAGAUCUUCUCUAAGACGUUAAGGUUUCGAGCCUGACGUUAAGCAACUCGAACCUUCAGCUCCCUCCACAUAUUUUCUAUGGGAUUAAGGUCUGGAGACUGGCAAGGCCACUCCAGCACCAUAAUGUGAUUCUUCUUGAGCCACUCCUUUGUUGCCUUGGCCGUGUGUUUUGGGUCAUUGUCAUACUGGAAUACCCAUCCACGACCCAUUUUCAAUGCCCUGGCUGAGGGAAGGAGGUUCUCACCCAAGAUUUGAAGGUACAUGGCCCCGUCCAUCGUCCCUUUGAUGCAGUGAAGUUGUCCUGUCCCCUUAGCAGAAAAACACCCCCAAAGCAUAAUGUUUCCACCUCCAUGUUUGACGGUGGGGAUGGUGUUCUUGGGGUCAUAGGCAGCAUUCCUCCUCCUCCAAACACGGCGAGUUGAGUUGAUGCCAAAGAGCUCCGUUUUGGUCUCAUCUGACCACAACACUUUCACCCAGUUCUCCUCUGAAUCAUUCAGAUGUUAAUUGGCAAACUUCAGACGUGCAUGUAUAUGUGCUUUCUUGAGCAGGGGGACCUUGCGGGCGCUGCAGGAUUUCAGUCCUUCACGGCGUAGUGUGUUACCAAUUGAAUCUGAUUGAUUGAUUGCUUCUGUGGACAGGUGUCUUUUUAUACAGGUAACAAGCUGAGAUUAGGAGCACUCCCUUUAAGAGUGUGCACCUAAUCUCAGCUCGUUACCUGUAUAAAAGACACCUGGGAGCCAGAAAUCUUUCUGAUUGAGAGGGGGUCAAAUACUUAUUUCCCUCAUUAAAAUGCAAAUCAAUUUAUAACAUUUUUGACAUGCGUUUUUCUGGAUUUUUUUGUUGUUAUUCUCUCUCACUGUUCAAAUAAACCUACCAUUAAAAUGAUAGACUGAUCAUUUCUUUGUCAGUGGGCAAACAUACAAAAUCAGCAGGGGAUCAAAUACUUUUUUCUCUCACUGUACCCCUCUUUGCCCCUUUGAUUCUCUCUCAAGUCAGCCAAUUUGUAACAAUGCAGGAAUUGUCCCUGGCUCUCUAGCACCGUCUGACAUCACUAUGAGAGCCUCACACGCAGGAUCUACAGAGUUAUAGUCACUUAAAGAGAAACAGAGAAACAAAACGACUAAAUAGACCUUUUGCUCACUUAUAGAGAGUACGUAGCAUCUAUCGUCUGAAGUAGCAAAUGAAAAUGGAUAAAAGAAAAUGCAAAGCUCUUGAAUGGCCACCAUGCUCUUUCUGAUGUCUCAAUGUCUUUCAUUAAUGCGCUUGUUCUUUUUUCUUAGAGAGUGGAGGAGCUAGAGAGGGAGAAUGCCAUGCUGAAGAGUGAAAAGGAGAAGAUGAACCAAAGGAUUCUGCACCACUCCAAGAGUACAGAAGGUAAGUGCUUUUUAGAUCUCAUACACCACUAAGAUGUAAACAAUAGGAUUACUACAGUGAUUAGUUGAUGUAUAGGAGUGGUUGAAGGUGAAACUGUAGUCACAGUGAGCCUUGCAGUCUGCCUGACCUGCCCUGAGGCGAGGGACGGCUCGUUUCCCCACACAAAAGGGGUUUCUGUGUGGAAGUAGGACGAGAGAGGCAGAAACCGCAUCAAGUUACACGGCAGCAGCAAUGUGAGACUUUUUUUAAUUAUUUUUUUUACCUGAGACUGAAGUCAGCCAUUGUUUAGUAUUGGGUUCACGUGGGAAAGUGAAACAUAUUCGUUUUGAACUAUGUACCUGUAUGUGUGCUAAACAUAAAUCAAUCAAUUUGUUAAAUCCAUUCGUCAAUGGACUUCUUUGUCAAUAAGAAGUCACUUAUAGUUUACAUCAUAAUCUCUGAACAUUACCACUGCCCCUCUAAAUGCCAUGUGCAAUACUUCAAACGGGAUGUUUAAUCACAGAGCAGUUCAAAGGAAAUCAUUUUACAUAAAAUAUCACACCAGCCAUGACCCACAUUUGACUUACUGAACACUGUAUCUACUCUUUUCUGGUGGAAAUUGAAGUAGAUAUUGAAGUGUUGUCGCCUUAAUAUUGGCCAAAUCUGCUCUCUUUAUCUGCAGUGUUACUGUAGGGUUCUCUCGGGUCCCCUUGGGAUGAGCGACAGCACUAUGAACUGUAACAUUACUGUGCUUUUUAUUUUCUACUGCCGGUUAGAGCAGCAUGUUGUCCAGGCUGGUGUAAAAGCCCACGUUUUUGGAGCUAGGGAUAUUACACACCAGAGAACCCCUAUUAUUUAUGUAUUACAUUAACAUUACAGUAGCAACAUACUAUGAUCCCAGUGAUUCUGCCUUCAUAUUCAAUCCAAUCCCUUGUAAUAACAGAGUAUGAUAUGGUCCUCUUAGGAACCUUGGGGAUGAAAAGAGCCAAUAAACGAGUUAUCAGGCCGUCCACCGCAGUAUAUAAAGAUGAUAUAUAAAUGCAAAUAAUGCAUUAAAGGGUUGGUUUCAAGAGGGAGUGGGGGAGAACGAUCAUGUUUUCAUCCUCCCUAGGACCAGGAGUUUUUCCAAGAGUAAAAAAACAACAACAUAUGACCUGGUAAAAUAUCUGGUCCCAUCAUAGCAUAUAUAAAACUGUUUUUACAGCUGAUUUAUUACUAUGUCAUAACCAGAGUUUUACCUGGUGUGGUUAGCCUACCAGAUCACGAAAAACAAUUCCCCCCCACCACUUUGGGACCUGUGGUGCCACCUCUGAAAUCACCACAAAAUGUUACAAAUGAAACAGUAAUUUCAUACAAAUAGAAUAUAUUAUCUCAACAUUUUGACUUGCGUAGUUUCACCUGCGUAUCUCAAAAUGUUGACUUACAUAUCUAAACAUUUUGAGAUAGUAGGCCUAUAAAAACAUAUACAGUGAGGGAAAAAAGUAUUUGAUCCCCUGCUGAUUUUGUACGUUUGCCCACUGACAAAGAAAUGAUCAGUCUAUAAUUUUAAUGGUAGGUUUAUUUGAACAGUGAGAGACAGAAUAACAACAAAGAAAUCCAGAAAAACGCAUGUCAAAAAUGUUAUAAAUUGAUUUGCAUUUUAAUGAGGGAAAUAAGUAUUUGACCCCUCUGCAAAACAUGACUUAGUACUUGGUGGCAAAACCCUAGUUGGCAAUCACAGAGGUCAGACGUUUCUUGUAGAUGGCCACCAGGUUUGCACACAUCUCAGGAGGGAUUUUGUCCCACUCCUCUUUGCAGAUCUUCUCCAAGUCAUUAAGGUUUCGAGGCUGACGUUUGGCAACUCGAACCUUCAGCUCCCUCCACAGAUUUUCUAUGGGAUUAAGGUCUGGAGACUGGCUAGGCCACUCCAGGACCUUAAUGUGCUUCUUCUUGAGCCACUCCUUUGUUGCCUUGGCCGUGUGUUUUGGGUCAUUGUCAUGCUGGAAUACUCAUCCACGACCCAUUUUCAAUGGCCUGGCUGAGGGAAGGAGGUUCUCACCCAAGAUUUGACGGUACAUGGCCCCGUCCAUCGUCCCUUUAAUGCGGUGAAGUUGUCCUGUCCCCUUAGCAGAAAAACACCCCCAAAGCAUAAUGUUUCCACCUCCAUGUUUGACGGUGGGGAUGGUGUUCUUGGGGUCAUAGGCAGCAUUCCUCCUCCUCCAAACACGGCGAGUUGAGUUGAUGCCAAAGAGCUCCGUUUUGGUCUCAUCUGACCACAACACUUUCACCCAGUUCUCCUCUGAAUCAUUCAGAUGUUAAUUGGCAAACUUCAGACGUGCAUGUAUAUGUGCUUUCUUGAGCAGGGGGACCUUGCGGGCGCUGCAGGAUUUCAGUCCUUCACAGUGUAGUGUGUUACCAAUUGUUUUCUUGGUGACUAUGGUCCCAGCUGCCUUGAGAUCAUUGACAAGAUCCUCCCAUGUAGUUCUGGGCUGAUUCCUCUCCGUUCUCAUGAUCAUUACAACUCCACAAGGUGAGAUCUUGCAUGGAGCCCCAUGCCGAGGGAGAUUGACUGUUCUUUUGUGUUCCUUCCAUUUGCAAAUAAUCGCACCAACUGUUGUCACCUUCUCACCAAGCUGCUUGGCGAUGGUCUUGUAGCCCAUUCCAGCCUUGUGUAGGUCUACAAUCUUGUCCCUGACAUCCUUGGAGAGCUCUUUGGUCUUGGCCAUGGUGGAGAGUUUGGAAUCUGAUUGAUUGAUUGCUUCUGUGGACAGGUGUCUUUUAUACAGGUAACAAGGUGAGAUUAGGAGCACUCCCUUUAAGAGUGUGCUCAUAAUCUCAGCUCGUUACCUGUAUAAAAGACACCUGGGAGCCAGAAAUCUUUCUGAUUGAGAGGGGGUCAAAUACUUAUUUCCCUCAUUAAAAUGCAAAUCAAUUUAUAACAUUUUUGACAUGCGUUUUUCUGGAUUUCUUUGUUGUUAUUCUGUCUCUCACUGUUCAAAUAAACCUACCAUUAAAAUUAUAGACUGAUCAUUUCUUUGUCAGUGGGCAAACGUACAAAAUCAGCAGGGGAUCAAAUACUUUUUUCCCUCACUGUAUAUACAGUACCAGUCAAGGGUUUGGACACACCUACUCAUUCAAGGGUUUUUCUUUAUUUUUACUAUUUUCUACAUUGUAGAAUAAUAGUGAAGACAUCAAAACUAUGAAAUAACACAUAUGCAAUCAUGUAGUAACCAAACAAGUAUUCAACAAAUCAAAAUAUAUUUUACAGUGGCUUGCGAAAGUAUUCUCCCCCUUGGCAUUUUUCCUAUUUUGUUGCCUUACAACCUGGAAUAAAUAAAAAAAAUUGGGGGUUUGUAUCAUUUGAUUUACACAACAUGCCUACCACUUUGAAGAUGUAAAAUAUUUUUUUGUGUGAAACAAACAAGAAAUAAGACAAAAAAACAGACAACUUGAGCGUGCAUAACUAUUCACCCCCCCAAAGUCAAUACUUUGUAGAGCCACCUUUUGCAGCAAUUACAGCUGCAAGUCUCUUGGGGUAUGUCUCUAUAAGCGUUGCACAUCUAGCCACUGGGAUUUUUGCCCAUUCUUCAAGGCAAAACUGCUCCAGCUCCUUCAAGUUGGAUGGGUUCCGCUGGUGUACAGCAAUCUUUAAGUCAUACCACAGAUUCUCAAUUGGAUUGAGGUCUGGGCUUUGACUAGGCCAUUCCAAGACAUUUAAAUGUUUCCCCUUAAACCACUCGAGUGUUGCUUUAGCAGUAUGCUUAGGGUCAUUGUCCUGCUGGAAGGUGAACCUCUGUCCCAGUCUCAAAUCUCUGGAAGACAAACAGGUUUCCCUCAAGAAUUUCCCUGUAUUUAGCGCCAUCCAUCAUUCGUUCAAUUCUGACCAGUUUCCCAGUCCCUGCCGAUGGAAAAACAUCCCCACAGCAUGAUGCUGCCACCACCAUGGUGUUCUCGGGGUGAUGAGAGGUGUUGGGUUUGCGCCAGACAUAGCGUUUUCCUUGAUGGCCAAAAAGCUCAAUUUUAGUCUCAUCUGACCAGAGUACCUUCUUCCAUAUGUUUGGGGAGUCUCCCACAUGCCAUUUGGCAAACACCAAACGUGUUUGCUUAUUUUUUUCUUUAAGAAAUUCAAUUUUUCUGGCCACUCUUCCGUAAAGCCCAGCUCUGUGGAGUGUACGGCUUAAAGUGGUCCUAUGGACAGAUACUCCAAUUUCCGCUGCGGAGCUUUGCAGCUCCUUUAGGGUUAUCUUUGGUCUCUUUGUUGCCUCUCUGAUUAAUGCCCUCCUUGCCUGGUCCAUGAGUUUUGGUGGGUGGCCCUCUCUUGGCAGGUUUGUUGUGGUGCCAUAUUCUUUCCAUUUUUUAAUAAUGGAUUUAAUGGUGCUCCGUGGGAUGUUCAAAGUUUCGGAUAUUUUUUUAUAACCCAACCCUGUUCUGUACUUCUCCACAACUUUGUCCCUGACCUGUUUGGAGAGCUCCUUGGUCUUCAUGGUGGUGCCCCUUGCUUAGUGGUGUUGCAGACUCUGGGGCCUUUCAGAACAGGUGUGUAUAUAUACUGAGAUCAUGUGACAGAUCAUGUGACACUUAGAUUGAACACAGGUGGACUUUAUUUAACUAAUUAUGUGACUUCUGAAGGUAAUUGGUUGCACCAGAUCUUAUUUAGCGGCUUCAUAGCAAAGGGGGUGAAUACAUAUGCACGCACCACUUUUCCGUUAUUUUAUUUUUUUCAUUUUUUUUCAUUUCACGUCACCAAUUUGGACUAUUUUGUGGAUGUCCAUUACAUGAAAUCCAAAUAAAAAUCCAUUUAAAUUACAGGUUGUAAUGCAACAAAAUAGGAAAAACGGUAUAUUUGAGAUUCUUCAAAUAGCCACCAUUUGCGUUGAUGACAGCUUUGCGCACGCUUGGCAUUCUCUCAACCAGCUUCGCCUGGAAUGCUUUUCCAACAGUCUUGAAGGAGUUCCCACAUAUGCUUAGCACUUGUUGGCUGCUUUUCCUUCACUCUGUUGUCCGACUCAUCCCAAAACAUUUCAAUUGGGUUGAGGUCGGGGGGAUUGUGGAGGACAGGUCAUCUGAUGCAGCACUCCAUCACUCUCCUUCUUGGUAAAAUAGCCCUUACACAGCCUGGAGGUGUGUUGGGUAAUUGUCCUGUUGAAAAACAAAUGAUAGUCCCACUAAGCCCAAACCAGAUGGGACUGCGAAUCGCUGCAGAAUGCUGUGGUAGCCAUGCUGGUUAAGUGUGCCUUGAAUUCUAAAUAAAUCACAGUGUCACCAGCAAAGCACCCCUACACCAUAACACCACAUCCUCCAUGCUUUACGGUGGGAACUACACAUGCAGAGAUAAUCCAUUCACCCACACCGCGUCUUACAAAGACACAGCGGUUGGAACAAAAAAUCUCCAAUUUGGACUCCAGACCAAAGGACAAAUUUCCACUGUCCAUUGCUCGUGUUUAUUGGCCCAAGCAGGUCUCUUCUUCUUAUUGGUGUCCUUUAGUAGUGGUUUCUUUGCAGGAAUUCGAUCAUGAAGGCCUGAUUCACACAGUCCCCUCUGAACAGUUGAUGUUGAGAUGUGUCUGUUACUUGAACUCUGUGAAGCAUUUACUUGGGCUGCAAUUUCUGAGGCUGGUAACUCUAAUGAACUUAUCCUCUACAGCAUAGGUAACUCUGGGUCUUCCAUUCCUGUGGCAGUCCUCAUGAGAGCCAGUUUCAUCAUAGCGCUUGAUGGUUUUUGCGACUGCACUUGAAGAAACUUUCAAAGUUCUUGAAAUGUUCCGUAUUGACUGACCUUCAUGUCUUAAAGUAAUGAUGGACUGUCAUUUCUCUUUGCUUAUUUGAGCUGUUCUUGCCAUAAUAUGGACUUGGUCUUUUACCAAAUAGGGCUAUAUUCUGUAUACCCCCCUACCUUGUCACAACACAACUGAUUGGCUAAAACACAUUAACUUAAAUUCCACAAAUUAACUUUUAAGAAGGCACACCUGUUAAUUGAAAUGCAUUCCAGGUGACUACCUCAUGAAGCUGGUUGAGAGAAUGCCAAGAGUGUGCAAAGCUGUCAAGGCAAAGAGUGGCUAUUUGAAGAAUCUCAAAUAUAAAAUAUAUUUUGAUUUGUUUAACACUUUUUUGGUUACUAAAUGAUUCCAUAUGUGUUAUUUCAUAGUUUUGAUAUCUUCACUAUUAUUCUACAAUGUAAAAAAUUAAGAAAAACCCUUGAAUGAGUAGGUGUGUCCAAACCUUUGACUGGUAGUGUAUAUAUAUCGUUGCGGGAUUGGGCUUCCAUAGUUUUUCUUGGCUCAUUGUAGCUGGCAGGCUGCAGCUACUGCGACAAUUUCAGAAUGUAACAGGAUGUUAACUGCAGUUUCAGGUAAAAACUCAAUAAAACAAGUCUCAAAUAUAAGUCUAUACAUUUCAGAUGUUUCAAAAACAUUGCUCUGCUAUUACUAUUUAUACAGUAGGAGUGUUAAGCUCAACUAGGUACACUGCCCUGCUCAGAGGGGGGCAACUGUCAGGCGAGUGUACGUGAAUACUGUAUCUCUUUUCUAGUGUAAAACCAGAGGUAGCGCUCGAGAUGUGAUAAUUUCGCAAGUUUACGUAAUAGUAUUGUCUCUCAAAAAUAUAUGCUUCUCGAACCUCUCAAGAAUGUCCCUUUGCUAUCGUCAAUGUGAAAACGAUCAAAGAUAGAAAAGUUAUUUGGAAUCAUGACAAUACAAUAACCUAUCCCUCAAAUUCAUAUAUGAAAUGGUGAUGACACCAAGUUGCUAUUCCAAAUAACUUUAGGUCUUAAUAAAAUAAAUAUGACAUCAAAGACUAGCAGAUAGAUAUUCAGUACCUGUAAUGAAGAAUACUGUAUGUAACUUAGUGAUGGCUUGUUUUCUAGUCACUCAAAUGGGGGCUCAUCUACAGGACAGUAAUUGAGUAAUAGUAAAAGUGGAGACUCAUGAAAGUGAUUGAUGUGGACUGGUCGUGUGUGUGUGUGCUUCAGACCAGGAGAGCAGUGCGUCCCAGAGUGUGGGUCGGGUCCAGGCAGAGCUGGAUGAGGAGAGGCAGCGCUACCAGAAUCUUCUUAGGGAGUUCUCCAGACUGGAGCAGAGAUAUGACAACCUACAGGAGGCCAAGGUGUGUGGGUGUGGGUGUGUGUGAACAUUUGCAUAUAGGUGUCCUAUGCCAAGCCAGAUGUCCAAUGGUUCCCUGUCUCCUCUACCCUUCAGUUUCAGCCUGGCCACAGGAGGAACAAUUCUAACCAGAGCAGCCUGGAGUCUGACUCCAAUUAUCCCUCCGUCUCUACCUCGGAGGUGGGAGACACUGACGAUGCCAUCCAGCUCGUAGAGGUAAGACCCCCUUAACCAGGAUUAACUAGUUUUAUACAGCCUUAUACAGUCUAACACAGGCUUACUGUGCCCAGCUGUACAUAGUUGCUUGGACUAGAUUCUGACCUGACAUUGUCCCCCUGCAGGAGAUGGGAGUGGAGAAGGCAGCGAUGGACAUCGGUGUGUUCAUGAAGCUGCAGAAGCGUGUUAGAGAGCUGGAACAGGAGAGGAAGAGACUGCAAGUCAACCUGGAAAAGAUGGAGGACCAGGCUAAGCGCAAGGUGGGCCCAUGUCUCAGUCCAGUGUUAUGCUCUUGCUUGUUUUUGUAUCCUUCUUAAAGACCUACACAGAUGUUUCUCCCAUUACUGCAGGUAGAGGUUUUGAUCUUAACAAGUUGUUUUCUUGAAUACCUUUUAAGUUUAAGAUCAGGACCGUGAUCCUCAAGCUGCUUGCCUCUGUUUUAUCGACCCAAAGUGGAAUAUUUACUAUUAACUGUCUCUCUUAGGGCAUUGAGCCAAAGACAACGUCAGCGCAAGAGAGUGCGGACCUGGCCUACAACAGUCUCAAGGUACAGAUCCAUCCACCCCCACACAGAUACACAAACUAACAUGCAUACACACAGACAAACACGGUGUACAGUACUAUUCAGCAGUGGGAUGUCUCUAUUUGUGGUGUUCGAUGUCUUCUUCACUCUGUCUGUUCUGGUGUCUUUGGCCGUCCUGCCUUUGAAACUGUGGGUGUAAAACAUUCCCUACACCACCGCCACCAGCCUGUACCAAUGACACCAGGCAGGAUGGGGCCAUGGACUCAUAAUGCUUACGCUAAAUCUUGACUCUGCCAUCAGCAUGACGCAACAGGAACCGGGAUUCGUUGGACCAGGCAAUGUUUUUCCACUCCUCAAUUGUCCAGUUUCUUCUUGUUUUUAGCUGAUAGGAGAGGAACCCGGUGUGGUCGUCUGCUGCAAUAGCCCAUCUGUGACAAGGAUCGACGAGUUGUGCGUACCGUUAUUUGCCUGUUUGUGGCCCGCCUGUUAGCUUGCAUGAUUCUUGCCAUUCUCCUUCGACCUCUCAUCAACUAACUGUUUUUGCCCACAAGACUGCCGCUGACUGGACGUUUUUUGUUUGUUGCACCAUUUUUGGUAAACCCUAGACACUGUCGUGUGUGAAAAUGACUUUUUAGUUAAGUUUCCUUAUUCUUUAAGAUGCCAAACGUAGCAUGGUUCAUCAUGGUAACGUCUUUGAUGACCCUAACAAGUUUCAAGUUGAUAUGCCAUUGUAGGGUGGAUUUCCAAAGGAUUUAAAUGGACACGUAAAAUCAGAUUUCCUGAUUUGUCAAUAACUCAGUCAUCUCUUAACCAAUCCCUUUUCUCAAACUAAGUUAAGAGAUGUAUCAUGGGCCUACAUACCGAAUUUUGUGUUAUUUGGACUUAUGGUUCAUGAGAAUAAUUUUUCCUAAAUGUCCAAGAUGGAGGAAAUGUAUUCUGACGGACCUUAUGGGUCCUUGAGGCAAAUUUGUUCAGCAUGAGGUAAAACACCUACAUACCUACAACGUUUCAAGUCACUAGGUCAAACAGAGUGGUGGAUAUGAGGGUUUAAGUGAGACUGCUAAUAACAGCGAAAGGCCAAUUUGUGGGCGCCAUUCUUUUUGACCAAGUUACUAAUUGCCUCUAGUUUCUGUGGGCAAAAUUAGAAAAAAAGUUACCAAUCUAUGCUUGAGUUAUUUGACCAUGUUAAAAAAUACAAAAUAAGAAUUAAGAGUAACAGUAGGCAUUCACAGCUGUGAACCCCUAAAAAUCGAUUUCUGCUCAUUGGCCCAUCUCUAUGGGGCUUGCUUCUUGCACCUUGGAUAAUAGCACCAUAAUAGCACAGGCCACAGGGUUUAGAUUCGAUUGGCAGUAAAAAUGUGUGUGUGGAGCAUUUUGCAGAUUUGAGAGGCAUGGGGUCCUACUGUAGCUGAGCUAAAUUUAACCCUUGACUAGUCUACUGCCAUUGAACGAUAACUGCUAUGAAGAGAAGAAGAUAGAGAAGAGAAGAAGAGAGAGAAGAGAGAGAGAGAGAAGACUGAGAGAGAAGAGAGAGAGAGAGAGAGAGAGAGAGAGAGAGAUAGAGAAGGAGAGAGAGUAGAUAUAGAGAUAGGAGAGAUAGAGCUGAUGAGAGGCAGAGAGAUCGAGAGAUGAAGAGAUUUGAGAUUGAAGGUAUCGCGUACUCCUAGCUCUCUCUCUCGCUCUCUCUCCUCUCUCCUGCUCUCUAGAGAGAGAGAGUGUUUUCAGUCACUAUACAGUGCCAUAGCUAAAAUGAAAAUCAACUACAAAUACUUUUGAUGUCUCUACAAACAUUUACUUACUAAGCUACUCCCAAUGUGGUAACGAUCAUAUCUUACUCUGCUCUAUAUUACUUGUAUUGGUAUAAUUACUGUCAUUCUUCCUUACAUUGAGACUUGGCAUUUCACUACUUUUAUUACCAACGAUUACCAAAGCUCAAUUUUAGAUUGCCAAUAAAUAUAUUUGUACUUUGGCCUUGUUUUUCCACAGAGACAGGAGCUGGAAUCUGAGAACAAGAAGCUGAAGAAUGACCUGAACGAGCUGAGGAAGGCCAUUGCUGACCGCGCCUCCAAGAACAGCUCCUCCAAUGAGCUUCAGGACGGCUACAACCUGCUGCUGGGCCAGCUCAAGGCAGCCAAUGAGGAGCUGGAUGUGCGUAAGGAGGAGGUCCUCAUCCUCAGGACUCAGAUUGUCACUGCAGCCCAGCAGAAAGAGAAGGAGACAACCAAUCACAUCGUAAGUCACCAAACUGGGAGCUGAAAGUUGACAUGGCUUUUGGUGUCCAAUGGGAAGUGUUGAUAAUCCAGUUUAUAUGGCCCUGUUUGUUAAUCAAAAGGUUAUCUACAGACACAUUAAACUGGUACCACGGACCUUCAAAUUAGUCUUGUGAGGCUUGCGUUCUAGGGCAAAACGGAGAACACCAUCAUGUUCGUGAGUCUCAGCUUUCCACAGAGGGGUCAUAUUAGUGUGUGGCCCAAACCGUUUGGACGCUACAGACGUUUUCGUGAGAAGAACGAUUUUCAUGGUCUGACAAACACCACUCUACCUCUGCCACCGUUCACCGCAGAUGCGGAAGGGCGAUAUCGGCGGAUGUGGUGGAUUGAGACGCAGCCCAUGCAAAAAUAGCACAUAUCUCUAGCUUAAGCGAAUAGAUUUUGCUGGGGAUUUUUUUAUUAUGUUGAUUAGAUUUCCGCUGGGGCGCGACCAUUGUAGGCCAAAGGUUGAAGGAAUGUUCUACAGCUUGUUUCCACGACUCCACAGCAAGUUGUUAGUGGCCCUAGUUAUGCAAAUUGCCCAGAUAUAUCUUUUUUUUUAUUGCAAAUAAGCAAUAAAGUAGCCUUUUAUCGAACCAGGAAGUCAUUUGUUAGAAUGAUGAGAUUACUACAGCUUCCAUGGUGCUUUGCGUCUAAGCUCAAUAUAGUAACAAUAGCAGAACUAACGAUACACAACCGCAAUACCCACAAUAGCACUAUAGGAAAUUAUGCCAUAUAAAAACAUUAUCUAGCAGGCGCCAAACACUUACUCUGUUGUCAUCUGUUCUCUUGGCCACAGGCAGAUUUUUUUUUCUUGAGCGGAUGGUCAGGGUGCCGGAACAUAUUACAAAUAAUUUGUAGAAUGUAAAUUGACUGCAAGAUGCACAAACAGAUAUGUUUGACUAAAUAUUUUGAUAAUAAUUUCACACCUUGCUUAUUACAUUUGUAUACACUCUUAGAAAAAAGGGUUCCAAAAGGGUUCUGCGGCUAUCCCCAUAGGAGAACACUUUUUGGUUUCAGGUAGAACCCUUUUUGGUUCCAGGUAGAACUCUUUUGGGAUCCAUGUAGAACCCUCUGUGGAAAGGGUUCUACAUUUCUAAGAGUGUGCGAUCACAUACAGUAUCUCUCUAUUAUGCAUGGGAAUACUUUGCAACAGAUUUCCAAAAUGUAAAUCACUUGGCGCUGAUUUGCUGGUGUUUUUACGGUCUUAUGUCGAACAAUAAAUAAAUGUUGGUUUUGUUCAGAAAACUUGGGGUUCCAAAUAAACUCACCCGCGGGCCGCCAGUUGAGGAAUCCUGCUAUAGGUUAUUUGACAGUAGUAACGAUAGAAGCUCUCUGACUGACACAGAACUACAGUCUCAUGACUGUUUAACUAGAAACACCCAGUUUUUCAAAUUCCUUACGUUCGGGGGUGUGACAAGCGGAGACCAGGAAAUCAACCUCACUCCUCCCUAAAGCUCGUUGUAGUUUUCAAAAAACACGUGAUUACCCCCAAAUACGUCACUGAGGCUAAAAUCUGGAAAAUAGCUUUUGAUCUACAGAACGCAUUUGGAAGCUGUUUUCACAGUCCUACAUGUUCGUAACGUGAUCUUGACAGCUAUUUUGAGGUUUUAAAAAAUCCAGUACGUUCCUUUAAGGAUGUUUGUGACUCGUGGGUUGAAGGGCAACAUGAUUAUUAUCAUUAUGCAGCGCAAUUGAAUUGAGUCAAAUCAGUCAGGGAUGAAAAGCACAUGAUAGUCUUGUACUAUAAUGGAUUCCAGUGACCUGUAUCUUACCCAAACAAAACACUUGAAUAUUUGAUCAAAUGUUUCCAGUUUGAUUUAGACAGAGGUACAGGCAGACUAGUAUGUAACUGGAGAGUCUCAUUAUGAGACUUACGAGAGAGACUGACCUCCAAGCCAGACCUCCAACUGGGACUGUGAACGACAGAGUCUGACGGAUCGGCCCUUACAUUGUAAUAAUCCAGCGGGGCAUUAACCUGUAGUUAUGUCCUGGGCAGCCAGGCGUUUGGUUUGAGAGGGAGUGCCUCAGGACAGGAGGGCAGAGAGAGAGCAUGGUGUGUGGGAGGCAGCAAAACAGACUGCUUUCAUUCACUCAAGCGUUUCCACUUCUUCCCCCUCACACCUCUUCUUCCCCCUCACACCUAGGUAAUAUUUCAGACUCUCCUGAGCUGCUCUCUCCCAGUCCCACCUGCUAGGUUAGUGGAGGAUAUGCCUGGCGUGUCAUACUCCUUAGAAGAUGAUGGCCUGUCUCUCUGAUUCUUCCUUUCCCAACUGACGAAAGCUCAUUGGUUCAGCUGCAGAGAUUAGAGAGGCGCUGGCCUGUAAUAUGAAAGUGUGUUGAGGACAGCUGUACUUCAAUAUAGCCUAUGUCUCAGGUUUAUGAGUGCGUGUUACACACUGACUGGGUUUGAUCUAAAGAGGGAAAGAGACAAGUCAGAUUAAUGUCUGCAUCAUUACCUUAUAAAGCAGUGGCAGAUGUAUCCACCAACUAUCUCCUACGGUUUUUACUACAUCUUUAAUGGCAUCAUAAAUUGACCUUCAUGUCCCUCCCUCUCCAUAGGAAACCAAUAACUUGCCUGAAUGGACCAACAGCAAGAAGCCCAUAGACAAGGAGGAGGCUCUGAGGGCCUACCAUGGACUCUGUGAGUCUAAGAAGUAAGUGUGUGUUUCUUUACCUUAUAUUGGAAGUACAGUCAUGGAAUACACACUGGGUUUUUUCGUGUCAUAUACCCACUGGUGCACAGAAUGUUUUUCAAUGUAAAUAUCACAUUUAUACUUAUGGAUUGACAGAGUGAAAUGGAAAUGAGGAAAGUGUCACUCUGGUGGUUCAGCUUUCAUUCCAUGUGACUACAUACAAUUGUUGCCAGUGCUACUAUUGUUUUGUCCAACUAGAAAUUGCCUAGAGAUAUUCACUACUGUACUUCUAUGUCCAGCGCUUAGUCCAACAGACACAGUUUAGCUACAGUAUGCUCAAGGUGACAGACAAACCAAAAAGCCCCCCCUCACGCGAAGCACUCGAGGUGAAGCAGUUUCAGCACUGUCUUCACCCAAUCCUUAUACAUCCAUAUAACCAGUGACGAAAACCCAGAAAACAGAACUAAUGCACCUCGGAUCUCCCGCAUCACAUUCAGUCCUGGAAGUUUCUCUCAGUCUACACACAGAAUCUGCCCACAGGAGAUUACUCUCAGGGUAACAUUGGGUCACCUUUCUAAUCUAAACUGUCCCCAUCACUCUGAUGUAUGAUAACAUAUUCAUGGCAAACUGCCCGGCUUUUGAUUGCACCCUAUUGAAAUUGACACAGUGGUAUCCUUCCUGAUCCAUCUACCUUCAUGGCCCUCUGUCUCAUCAUCAUUAACAGAACCCUCUGUCAGUCAGUGAGUGACGGGACUUAGAUGGGACUCAGAUUGCCAGGGAGGAAAGACAUUUGUGUUGCUCAUGAUGAGCCACUCGAAGCACACAGAUUCAUCUCGAUCCAAAGCAAUCUUCCAUUGACCCGUGAUCUAUUCCUGUCCUUUUAUAUAUUUUGUUCUCUGUGUCCCAGCCCGGUUUGAGAGACCUAGCCUAAAUGCCAGGCUGAUUUAAACACCUCUGUUGUGUCUGCAGAGCAGAACCUUUUAACCUGGAGGGAUUUCUCAGACAUCCUCAUUAUGGCAGAAUGACCCUGCAGAUAGAAGGCAGUAAUGAGAGGCAGAUGCCGAUAUGAUGACACCCUCUCACCCUGAUCAGGUUUUAAAAGGGUAAACAUCCCCGUAACGCUAGGUGCAAAUGGAAGCUUUUGCCUAAAGAGAGGUCCUUCACUGUGUUUUAGUGGCGUUGGUAGUGUCUGUCUCUAUGUCUGUUGUGUGAGAGCUUUUUCCUAUGUCAGCUAUAAGAUUUGAACUGCAAAAUCUCUGGUUCCUCUUGAGGUUUCUGCUCAACCUCUCUGUGGUGCUAACUCCUCUUGCUCUGUUCUGUUUUCUCCUGUCACUCCUUUCUUCUUGCCAUCUCUCUCUUUUCCUCUCCGUCUCUAUCGCUCUAUGUCGAUCUCUCCUGGCUUGCCGCCAGCAGCAAAGCUUCAGACUGGGGUUAUUUGAAUGAAGAUGGCGAGCUGGGCCUGGCAUACCAGGGUUUAAAGCAAGUGGCCAGGUUGUCUUCUUCUGCUUUCCAUCUCUACUUACUGCUUUCCUGCUUUAUCCUCUCCCCCGUUCCUUUGCCUCUGGUAAAACUGCACUUCAUUGUCAAUAUUCAAUGGGACAGAAAAGGGCACAAACUGUGGGGGUUAAGAUGUGAGUUAAUGAGCUAUGAAACCAUACUUAACACAGUAAGUCUCCACACUAUGGUACCAGAAUGCUACAAGUUUGGGAAGGAUCAGUCAUCUUUAGGCGUAAUGUAACCAUCCCUUCUCUCCUUCUCCCUGUCUCCCCCUCUCCUCCUUUCUCCCAGGCUGUUGGAGGCCCAGCUUCAGUCUCAGGCCAGGAAACACGAGGAUGAGCUGGAGGCGCUCCACACCCAGAUUGAGCUGCUAAAGGACGACAUAGAGAAGAAGCAGGAGAUGUUAAACCACACCAUGUCUCUGUCUCCUGAGGCCCAGGUGGAGUACAGCAUCCAGCAGGAGAUCACCCGCCUCACCAAUGACAACCUGGUGAGAACACUGCAACCAGGGUGCUGAUCUAGGACUCACAACCAUAUUAUUAUGAUCUAAAAGGCUAAACGGAGACUCUUUGUGAAUACAGGCCCAUGGGCACCUGUUGGAAUGGAACAGCCCAGAGCUCUGAAAGUUAUAGUGUUGAGUUGAUCAUCUUGAAUGUUUUUGCUACUAUAGGACUUAAAAGAGCUUGUGGAGAAACUGGAGAAGAAUGAGAGGAAGCUGAAGAAGCAGCUGAGGAUCUACAUGAAGAAAGUACAGGAGCUGGAAGGUGAGUGAGCCGGAGCUCCUUAUAAAUUCUGUAGGCUAUUUAUUUAUUGGUCUCACUAAGCUGUAAUGUAGGCCAAAGGGACAUACUGUAUGAUGGUUAAUAUGAUGGUUGUUGCAGUAUCAGUAACCACUUUGUCCUCUGCCCUGUCAAGUGUCUGUGACUGCAGCAGCAUCCCAGUCCACCACGGCCAAACCAGAGCUGACCCGUCAGGUGACUGUCCAGCGCAGAGAGAAGGACUUUGAGGGCAUGCUGGAGUACUACAAGGAGGACGAGACCCUGCUGGUCAAAACGCUCAUCACUGGUACGACGUGGCAGCAGAAAGUCAGCUCAUCACAUACACUAUGACUGCAUCACAAGUACAAACACCUAUCAAGUCCAGAGCGUAUCACAAUCUUCUGAAAUCCACAUGACGACUACAAUGAUUACUGAAAUAGUGGAGGAACUUGUACCAGCACAUGACUCUCUGUUAUAGAAAUUGAAUGUUAUUGUAAUAACUAUGAUAUUGUAAUGCAAUGUUAUUGUAAUAACUGUUAUUGUAACGUUAUUGUAAUGGCGAUGUUAUUGUGACCUUAUAUGUGCUGUUUGGUGUUUCCAGACAUGAAGCCCCAGGCUGUAUCAGCCACAGUACCCUGUCUACCUGCCUACAUCCUCUUCAUGUGCAUCCGCCAUGCGGACUACAUCAACGAUGACCAGAAGGUCCACUCUCUGCUCACCUCCACCAUCAACGCCAUUAAGAAGGUCCUCAAGGUAUAGAUACAGAGUUUUAUUCCCCACAUAUAGAUAGACUUCACUCACAUGCUUUAAUGCAGUGCACAAUCUUUGGAAGUAAGUUGCGAGGAAAGCUUGGUCAGAAUACAGUACAGCGAUUCUGGUAUUUUAACAUACAUUUUGCAAUACUUCUGCAGAAAAACAAUGAUGACUUUGAGAUGACCUCCUUCUGGCUGGCCAACACGAGUCGUCUGCUGCACUGUCUCAAGCAGUACAGUGGAGAUGAGGUGAGACUUACUUUGAUCUAUCAGAGAGAUCAUUGUGCUCAUUAUAAACUGUGAAGAGUUGCUAGAAAGGGAUGUUCAGUACUUUAGCUUGUUGAAAUAAGAGGUAGAUUGUCUGACAUUUAUACAAUCUGAUUACUCCUUGAUUCUUCUCCAUGCACAGUGCAUUUUAAAGAUGUACAUACUUUUAAAUACACUUGCUGUAACCUACUCUACAAAUUGUAGCUCACUCUACAAAUUGUAGCUCUCUACAACUCUCAUUCCUGUCUUGCUGUAUUCCUAGUCGUUUAUGACUCAGAACACGGCCAAACAGAAUGAGCACUGCUUGAAGAACUUUGACCUGGCAGAGUACCGCCAGGUGCUGAGUGACCUCUCCAUUCAGAUCUACCAGCAGCUCAUCAAGGUGGCAGAGCACGUCAUGCAGCCCAUGAUCGGUGAGGCGCUGGGGAAUCUAGGUGUCAAGAACUGUAUGGUCCAGAAGUUAGGGACAAUGGACUUAGAAAUGUACCAACCGAUUCUUCAUUCUGGGUUGAUUGUACCGCUGUUUUGACAUUUGAAAAAAUGACUUGCAUGAUAUUUGACUUUUAUAUAUUUAUUCCCUUAUUCUACUGAUUUUCCACAGCUCAAUGUUAUAGUUCAGUACUUAGAUUUCCUAAAAGAAGAAAAGUUAAUCAAUUAAACCUAUAGAAAUGUAUGAAUGAAUGAACAAUGCAUUAACAACGAUCACCUUCCUUCAACUGGGUAGUGUCGGCCAUGUUGGAGAGUGAGUCUAUCCCCAGCCUCGCGGGAGUGAAGCCCAUGGGUUACAGGAACCGCUCCUCCAGCAUGGACAAGGACGAGGAGGGUCCAGGGAGCUACACCCUGGAGGCCCUGAUCAGACAGCUGGGCCAGUUCCAUGGGGUGAUGGGCGAGCACGGGCUAGACCCAGAGAUAGCAGGCCAGGUGGUCCGGCAGCUCUUCUACAGCAUCAACGCUGUCACCCUCAACAACCUGUUGCUCAGGAAAGACGUCUGCUCCUGGAGCACUGGCAUGCAGCUCAGGUAUGUUUAUAUACAGUACCAGUCAAAAGUUUGAACACCCCUACUCUUUCAAGGGUUGUUCUUUAUUUUUACUAUUUUCUACAUUGUAGAAUAAUAGUGAAGACAUCAAAACUAUGAAAUAACACAUAUGGAAUCAUGUAGUAACCCAAAAAGUGUUAAACAAGACGGGAUUCUUCAAAUAGCCACCCUUUGCCUUGAUGACAGCUUUGCACACUCUUGAUAUUCUCUCAACCAGCUUCACCUGGAAUGCUUUUCCAACAGUCUUGAAGGAGUUCCCACAUAUGCUGAGCACUUGUUGGCUGUUUUUCCUUCACUCUGCCGUCCGACUCAUCCCAAACCAUCUCAAUUGGGUUGAGGUCGGGGGAUUGUGGAGGCCAGGUCAUCUGAUGCAGCACUCCAUCACUCUCCUUCUUGGUAAAAUAGCCCUUACACAGCCUGGAGGUGUGUUGGAUCAUUGUCCUGUUGAAAAACAAAUGAUAGUCCCACUAAGCCCAAACCAGAUAGGAUGGCAAAUCGCUGCAGAAUGCUGUGGUAGCCAUGCUGGUUAAGUGUGCCUUGAAUUCUAAAUAAAUCACAGUGUCACCAGCAAAGCACCCCCACACCAUAACACCUCCUCCUCCAUGCUUUAUGGUGGGAACUACACAUGCAGAGAUCAUCCGUUCACCCACACCGCGUCUCACAAAGACACAGAGGUUGGAACCAAAAAUCUCCAAUUUGGACUCCAGACCAAAGGACACAUUUCCACCGGUCUAAUGUCCAUUGCUCGUGUUUCUUGGCCAAAGCAAGUCUCUUCUUCUUAUUGGUGUCCUUCAGUAGUGGUUUCUUUGCAGCAAUUCGACCGUGAAGGCCUGAUCCACACAGUCCCCUCUGAACAGUUGAUGUUGAGAUGUCUGUGACAUGAACUCUGUGAAGCAUUUAUUUGGGCUGCAAUUUCUGAGGCUGGUAACUCUAAUGAACUUAUCCUCUGCAGCAGAGGUAACUCUGGGUCUUCCAUUCCUGUGGCAGUCCUCAUGAGAGCCAGUUUCAUCAUAGAGCUUGAUGGUUUUUGCGACUGCACUUGAAGAAAUAAUAUGGACUUGGUCUUUUACCAAAUAGGGCUAUCUUCUGUAUACCCCCCCUACCUUGUCACAACACAACUGAUUGGCUCAAACGCAUUAAGAAGGAAAGAAAUUCCACAAAUUAACUUUUAAGGCGGCACACCUGUUAAUUGAAAUGAAUUCCAGGUGACUACCUCAUGAAGCUGAUUGAGAGAAUGCCAAGAGUGUGCAAAGCUGUCAUCAAGGCAAAGGCUGGCUAUUUGAAGAAUCUCAAAUAUAAAAUAUAUUUUGAUUUGUUUAACACUUCUUUGGUUACUACAUGAUUCCAUAUGUGUUAUUUCAUAGUUUUGAUGUCUUCACUAUUAUUCUACAAUGUAGAAAAUAGUAAAAAUAAAGAAAAAACGUUGAAUGAGUAGGUGUGUCCAAACUUUUGACUGAACUUUUUUACAGAACCAUGCUGGGGAUGUUAUGUUACUAGGGAUGUUAUAUUUUACUAGUGCCUGUUCUGUUUUUUUUAAAGACCUGACCAGGAAAAGGUCCUUAACGGUACAUGCAGUAUAGCUGAGAGGAGAGCAGCACUCAGUACUGUUAGAGAGAGAGAAAAUAACUGUAGCUCAUUACAGUAGCAUAAGGGUUUGAUGAAGACUCUUCACUGAAGAGGUGGGUCUAUACUAAGUGUGUUUCACUGUGAUUGGUCAGGUACAACAUCAGUCAGAUGGAGGAGUGGCUUCGGGGGAAGAACCUGCACCAGAGCGGGGCGGUGGUUAACUUGGAGCCCGUCAUCCAGGCCGCCCAACUGCUUCAGGUCAAGAAGAAGACGUCCCAGGACGCCGAGGCCAUCUGCUCACUGUGUACCGCUCUCACCAUGCAACAGGUAUACUUAAACACCUGUUACUGAAACCUGUUACACAUCACCAAUCCUUGAGCAUCCAGCACACAGAACUCUCCUCACAACUCUGACUAUGUCUCAAAGUUCACAGGAAGAGUGACAUGUCUUGUCUUCAUAUAUUAACCAGAGUCCUAUUUGUCGUACAGAUUGUGAAAAUCCUCAACCUCUACACACCGCUCAACGAGUUUGAGGAAAGAGUCACUGUGUCCUUCAUCAGAAACAUCCAGGUAACAACUCUUCAUCCGUUAUAAUGAGUGAAACUACUUCCAGUCAAAUAUAAUCUAUUUUCCGUGCCAUUUAUUCAUGUUUUUUUUGUCUCUUGUCCUCAGAAUCGUCUGCAGGAGAGGAACGAUGUCCCAAUGCUCCUGGUGGACACCAAGCACACCUUCCCUGUCCUGUUUCCCUAUACCCCCUCCGCCCUCAGCCUGGAGACCCUGCACAUCCCUGCCAACCUCAGCCUAGACUUCCUCACUCGAGUCUGAGGCUUCAGCGAGGCCUACCACAGGCCUGGUUCUUAGCAAGGAGAAGCAGAGCCCAACAGAGCUCCCUCUAACCUGGGUAGCUUUGUUGUUCUGCUAAACAGCAGAGGGCGCCAAGUCUACAGGACUCAAUGGAAGGCAGAGAACCUUCCAGCUGACCAACAAUGGAUGCUGUCAAGCCUCUGUCUGUGUAAAUCCAGCAGAAUGUGUCAAGUCAUUCUUUAUAGCUGUCCACAACUGCUUCCUCUAUUUGGCUUAUUCUACAGUGGGCUAUUGAGCUCUAUUGAGAUGCUGUGCUUAAUCAGUUCUGUCCCAGACAGUCACAUUUAUUUUUAUUCACUGUAAGGAGUCUCUAUGGUAAGCCCACUGUAAAUUAAUUCCUCUUACAGAUUAAUUGAAUCUGUGUAAAUGUGUGCUCUCACUUCCAUUGACAAGGCAUUGAUUCCCAGUUAGCCACUCCGCCAAGCAUUCAAUGUGUCCUGUUUUUUUAUUUUACAGUAGGCAGUGGUCUACCGUGUCUGGCUUCCUCAUGAUGAGUUAAUUGUACAUGUGCUUCAGCCUCACUCUUCUCUAGACCCCGUCAAUGGACAGCAGAUCAGACUCGGGAGCAGCACUGCAUUGCAGUGGCUCUGUUUGUGACUCACACUCUACACACAGCACUGUGGCUCUGCUGCUCUCUAUCCUUCCUAUGCCUUGAGGAAUUUUGACCUGGUAUCUUAUAUAAGAGCUGUAUCUCUUCUGUGUUCAGAUCAGAGCACACAGUCACACCAUCUCCUAUUACACUGCAUGGUCCAGGAAGUCCGAAGCUCUCAACAAAUCUCUCAACAGAGAGAUGUGUUGUUGUUUUUACUCUAAAUUCAAUUCAAAUGACCGCCAUCUCAUUGAAACAGUAUAAUUUCAGAAUCAGGAGAAGUGAAGCCAAGCUUUAUGUAACUGAGGCGUUAGUAAGUGGGAUAGAUCCAUGUGUUAGUGAAGACUAGGGUUGAGUAGAGGGAGAGAGAGAGCACUGGGAAUGGGACUGGAGGGUG